AAACUCCUCACCUCUUCCCUGGAGGCUUAUUUCUGUAGUGUUGGGCAUCAUGUGCCUUCUCCUGAUGGCCAUAGCCACUGCAGUGGCUGUCUUGACUGCAAACUCAUCUUCCAAAGAAUCAUCUCUCACAAUCCAGCAAAAAGGACUUGGUUGUCAUUCUUGUCCCAAGAACUGGGUUUGGUUCAGAUGCAGCUGUUACUACUUCUCCAAGGAACGGUUAACAUGGAGAGAGAGUCAACGUGCCUGCUCGUCUCUGAAUUCCAGUCUCAUAAAGAUAAACAGGGAGGAGAUGAAUUUUUUCUCUUUAAAAUCUUUCUUUUGGAUUGGAGUCUACCAUAAUGGAAUUGGCAAGCACUGGCUAUGGGAAAAUGAUUCGGUUCUGUCCUCUGAUAUGUUUUAUCCUCCUACACCUGAAAAAGGACAACUCUGUCUAUCUUACAAAUCAAGAGAAAUUUAUUUAAGUGAAAACUGUGAAUUUAAACAAACCUACAUUUGUAAGAAUCACCUUGUUUAUUCUAUAAAUUCACUGGAAAGAUGAAAAGUACUUUUAUCUAACCCUAUGUGUUGAUAGCAUUGCCAAUGUUUACUUUCUUGUGCUAUGGAGAAAAUAUGUAAAUUUACACCUUUGGUUUAAGAAAAAUAGAAUCCUCUAAAAAUAUACUCCAAUGCCAUUUAAAAAGUGUACUAUAAUUUUGUUGAAUGAAUAAAAUUUUGAUUUAGCUGACUUUUCAUGAAAUAACACUGUGACAGUAUUUAGGAGGAUAUAUUUAUGCCUAUGCACUUUAGGAAACAUUGCCAUAAAUAUUUUCUGAAUUAGACAAUGAGGUAAAGUUAGACUGUAUUGGAUAUUAAAUAGACUGUUUUAUGUAAGGUUACAUUAUUGUCCCUGAUAUAUAUAUUGCUUUUUUUGUCUACAAAAUUGUCAAAGUAUAUUGUUAGGCAAUAACUCACAGAACUAUUAUACCAGAAAUGGAAAUUAGUAUGACUACACAAGAAAUAGAAUUGUUCCAUAAAUUUUUGGAAAUUAAUUUUCAGCUUGAUUACUAUCCAAAAGUCCAACUUAUUCUAUAACAUGGUGACUCUGAGACAACUAAUUAGACUCACAGGUAUAAAGGUGGUACAGAGGACUUUGCUUUAAAAUCUUAAUUGUUGAAUUUUUAUUUCCUUAAGUUGU